AUGGAAGAGAAUCCGCUGCAGUGUACAAUCUGCAAAAAUGUGAGUCACAGUUUUAUGUUUAUGAAAUAUGAAAUAGAGAAAGUGAAAUCUUGAAGGAAUUGGAUGAUCCGAUAUUGUUGAGCUGUCAGCACACAACCUGCAGGAAAUGCUCCACGAGCUCCCCGAGCUGCAAAGGAUGCUCUCCGGUGCCGUCGACGUCGAGGAGCCACACUCCGCAGCCGGACAGACUGGCUGCCUUCCUGCUGGAUGCGUCCAAGGAGGAGAUGGAGGAGUGUGCCAAUUGUGAACAGGUUUUGGGUUAGGGCCAAACUUUUAUGACUCUUUUCACUUUGCAGAUAUCCUUGCCCAUGUUCUACUGCGAAACGUGUCAACAGUCGCUGUGUCUCCACUGUCGAAGUUCCACACAUCAAGCCCGAAUGUUCUCAUCCCACAAGAUCAUCACUUCGGACGAAAGGAGCAAAGUGUACGGAUCGGCGUUGUGCAAAGAUCACAAUGAACCGUACAUUCUUUACUGUUCCGACGUCCGCAAACUCGUCUGCAUUCAAUGCUUCAAUGGGCGACCUCUCGAAGAACGGCACAGCUUCAUUUCCAUCGAACAGGGCCAUCGGAUGUGUCUGGAGAAAAUAGAGCAGGCGGCUGCGAAACUCAGGUUUUAUCAGUCUGAGCGGCAAGAAGAACUGUAUGUGCGGCAGAGAGUACUCGAUGAGAAUGCGUCGAACUUUGACGAGGCGAAGACGGCGCUGUACCAACUGUGCCAGCAGAUAAUCGAUACGGUGAUGACGACUAGGGAGAAUUUGGCGAAGGAACUCGUGAAGCAGCAGGAACAGAGCGACGAGCAGUGCAAACGACAGAUAAAAGAGAUCGAGGCGGUCAUGGUAUGUCCCUUCAAAUGAUCUCUUCAGUUACACAACUCUUUCCAUUAGGGUCCCGUUCGUUUGUGUCUCUUCUCUGCCCAAAUUAUGUGCACAACAGCUUCGAAGCUCGACGUUCUGCAGCUCUGCUCACAACUUCAGAAGAGAAUAGGCGCUCUACUCGACAGAACAGUCGAUAAGUUGCCCGUUUCGUCGACGCCGGACAGCAUUGAAGUCCGUUCGGACCUGGCGAAAGCUCUUGAGCCGUACCUCGGAAUGUCGGCCGCCUGGUGUCCGAUAAGCGUGUCGCGGGAGGGAAGUUCUUCCAACUCGUACAAAAGGGGCUCCGGAUCGCACAAAGCAAUGCCGAUGCUUUCGAAAUUUCAAGCGACGAUCGACCUUGCUGGAGCAUUUGGUCAGCUUUUCGGCAAAGUUGAUCGUGAGUCUCACUCCGAUCUUUCAUCCCCAAUUUUUCCGUUUUCCAGACCCUCUGCGUCAGUUGGUCGUCGAAUUAGCCUCGACCAGUCAACAAGUGCUCGAGACCCAAAGAGACUUGACCAUCCGACGGUGUCUCAUUGAGAAAGAAGGCGUGGAAAAGUUGGUGAAAAUGUGAGUUGUGAAGUAAAUUAGCAGAUAUGAAGAUUUUGAAUUUAGGUGUAAGAAAAUCGAGGAAAACUUGGGAAUGCACUCGGCUGCUCUGGAUGGAAUGCAGAGUGAAAUGCAAGAAAUUUGGCAAGAGCAACUGGAUCGAGUACGUCGGCAACAGAUAAUAUAUCGGGAGAAAGUGGAAGAAAUUCUGAACCUUCGGGACACUGCGAGACAAAUUCUGACUGCGGCGAAGCAGCUGGUGCCGUAUGUCUCCUGCAUUCUGAACAUGAAUGCGAUGAUCGACCCUAAGUACGUUUACUCCGUGACUCCACACACCGACAGUCUUUUUUCAGGCGUUGCCAUCCGCCGGAUCCAGCUCCAAUGGAAAGUAUCUGUUUGGAAAUCACCGGAAUCGAGCCGAACAGUCAGACGAGAAUUCUGGCGAUCGAGAAGGAAGAAGAGAAUCGGAGACUGUAUCAGGAGGCGAAGAAGAAGGAGGAAAUGGCCGGACAGAGUGCGGCGAUGAAAACAUUGAAACACGGAAAGUUAAAGAGAAAAGAGAUGCAUCGAAUGAUGGUGAACACGAAUAGGGAAAGGAGUCCGGGAGGCACCGACACCGCACUCAUCAGUCCGUGCGUCCGGAGAGUGUGAGUCAAGUCUCUUUCGAUUGAAUUUCAGAGUGUUGUUUGUAGGAGCUCCGUGCUGAAAGAGGAGACGAACUCAGAAUUGGAUGCCGAAGAGUUUCUUGACGAGUGCUUCGAGCUGAGCGCCGAGCAGUACGAGGAGAUCGUCGACGGAACACUAACCGAAGAGGACCGUUGCAGCUCGGCACUCCUUCUUUCUCUCGAUAUUCCCAACGACUCCAUUUCCCCACUCCCUUCUCUUGAUCAGCUGAUCGGAAAGAUCCCGUUGGCUUCUCGCGUGACCCAUGACAUCGGAUUUAGUCGGGGAGCCAUGUUGCAGAGUCUGAACGACGUGUUCGCGCUGCAGAAGCCGCCCACGCCCGAGAACAUCACCGUUUCCGAGGAACGGAAUGUCCUCGCUUCGGCUGUCAGGAAUGCGGAGAAGAGAAAAAGCGGAGCAGGUUUGCCGACAAAUUCGGAGAAAGAAGAGGAGAUUGAAAAGGAAAAGGAGGAAGCGGCGGAGAAGGAGAAAAAGAAGAUUGUGAGAAGGCGAGUGAAGAAGAAUACAAAGGAGGACGUGGAACAGUCGGAAGAGGAAGCGCCGCCGCCAUUCGGUGCUCUGCCGGACUGUCCGUUCGUGCCGCAGGAGAUCUUCGAGAAAGACGACAAAAUCGGAAUGUUCGAAGCGAAAGAAAGAGUCUUACAGAGUUUGAAGCAUAAAAUGAAUCAGAAAAAGGAACUAGAAGAAUAGAUGUUAAGCGAAGUCAUAUAUGUACUUUAAACCGGUGUACCUGUAAAUAAACCCAUUUUGUUUCAAUCUCUCUCCUCCUUGCUAUUUCGGAAUCUCAGCAUAUAUCCUCCGACACCUAUAAAAGCAGUGAGCCGCGUCGAUUUCAAUUGAAUCGCUCGUCGUAAAUAUGGCUACCUGAAUGAUAAAAUGGCUAAUGUUUGCGUAGUGAAACUGGACACAAGAUUGUAGGUCAGAAGGAGGCUGGGGGGCGGGGCCAGCGUCCGGAGUGGUAUCAAAGUUAUGAUUCAUUCGGAAUCCGUUCCUCAUGAUAUUGCGAACUUCUCCACGCUUUCUCCUAAUUCCCGUUCUGGCCUUCAUUCUACCGGCCACCGCAAACGGAUGCCGUGACAAAGAAACUGUCGCGUUUUUUGUGAACGGAGAGGCGAACCUGCCCGCCUCCGGGACCGCGUGCUUCAAUUCGUGUGCUCUUGGAAACUGCACAGGCAAGUGUCGAUUACUUUUCAAUUUCAUAUGAAUCUUUGUGUUUAGGAGUUUUGUUCCAAGGAGAGAUAUGCAUAACUAUUGACAAGACCAACUAUUUCGGGCGCAUUGAGCAGAAGAAUUACAUUGAGAAGCAGUGCGUGAAAAAGGCGAAUCACAAGUUGCUCGUUUCCGAGUGGGAUGACAGAAUCCUCGUGGAUCGCAGUCGUUCCGUCCGAAAAGCCGAAUCCAAACUUGAAUGUCUCAGUUUCUGCGCCCAGGAGAAGGCGUUCCCCUGCCUGUCGGCCAUGUUCUACCACGAGAGCAAAGACUGUAUUCUGAAUUCCGCGUCGAGUGCUUCUGCUCAACUUACGGGUACGAGCGGUUUCAAAGUGUCCUACAUGGAACUGCACGGUUUGAAGGGUAAGUGAAACUGUUAGGAUCCGCCGCGCGCAUGUCACGCCUCGAUGACAUAAGCGCAGAGGGUAUCCGGUUCAAGGAUGGAUGACUGAUAGAAUUGAAGUGUUGCAGAAGCGGUUCACUGCCUCAACGCGUUCAAGAUGGUCGCCCACGACGCGUUGGAAAUCCGCGGAGAAUCACGCAUUUACAAUGGCUCGGACGGAAUCGCCAACUGUAUCGAACGGUGCAAAGAUUGCGACAUCGUGCUCUUCAACGAGAUCUUCUCUGAAUGCUACAUUGUCUGGUUCGACCCCUCGGGACAGUGGCUCGACUUUGUGAACGACGAGUAUCAGGUGCUCGUCAACGCGUGCUCCGACUACAAAAAAGACUGCAAAUCUCGCAAUUCUCUCUUCGUUUCCUAUGCGAAUCCAGACGAGAAGAUCAAGGCGGAGUGCCUCGAGAAGUGUGCAAUUGAAGAGGAUUGCCAGUUCGCAUAUCAGUCGAAAGACCUCAAUAGCUGUGUGAUCACAAGAAGAAAGAAGGCGUUGCCGUUGGUGGCGCAGAAAAUGUGCGUGGAUGUGGGCGACUUGACCGAUGGAUCCGCCAUCCUUUUCGACGAGAUCGGAGGGUGCAAGAGGGAGGAGGGACACUUGGUUUCGAAGAAUCUGGAACUGCAUCAGUGCAUGCAAUUGUGUGCCACACACCCCACAAGAAGGUCAGUCUUUCCUAGGUCUACUUUAGUUGUACAUAAUAUGAUUCCAGUUGUGAAUCGAUUACUUACACAAAGUCCCGUCGUUGUUAUCUUCACGAUGGAGCCAUCGAAACAGACGAGAACAAUGUGAACUGCUCAAUUUUCACGCUGAAUGUGAUCACUUUCGAAACGAAAGUACAAAGUAAGCCGUUCUUUGAAAUAAAUUAGUUUAUAACCAUGUUCAGCGACUCUUCCCCCGGGCGAUUCUAAAGUUAAGAAGCCGAACAAAGCGAAGACAUUCUCCUCUGGCAGCAAAAAAGACCAGAAGAAGAUUGAAGAGAGUUAGUUGAAAAAGUUGUUGUCAUUUCAAUCAAUCAUUCCAAUAUUUUCUAGAGAAACUCCUCAUCAAAGAGUCGCCGAAGAAAUCGGCGCUUCUGGACGUCAAGAUCAGUACUCAAUGCAAUUUUGGUGAUAUUUCGGUCAGAGUCUCUUCGGAAGACCUCAUCGGUGGUGAAGUCUAUGUGCGUAACGCUCAUACGAACUGUUCCGCCAAGAUUGGAUCGAAAGGCGAGGCAAAUCUGAAGAUCCGCCACAACGACACUUCGUGCCCCGUCACAAAGAGCGGUGACGUCUUCGAGACCGUGGUUGUUGUGACGCAAAACGUUGGAAAUGCGACCGUCAUAACGAUCGAUGAUCAACUAUUCAAAGUCAGAUGUGAUUAUUCGAAUCAGAAGAAGACGGUUGCCGUGGCGAAUACCAUGAAUCUCCGGUUGGAAAGAGAGCACGACAUGUUUGGAAAUAUAUUUAUUGCAGAACAACGUCCUUCUCAAACCUUGACAUUUAUGGAAAAGUGAAUGUGAAACCGAUGAGUAUGGAGCUUCGUGGAAAAAGAGAAAUUGUGAAGGCAAGGACUGUCCAGAUCGGACAGAGUCUCGACCUCAUUUUCACCGCCGAUAACAGCACUUCGGCUCGUCACGUCUUCGUCCGUCGAUGCACUGCUUUCGACCAUGAUGGCGAUGAGAAGAUUUCACUAAUCAAGAAUGGGUAGGCGAAAACGAAAACAAAAGUAGCCUCAGAUCGUCAAACCUCAAGGGUAGUUCUAAUCAGGGGAUUUCAGCUGACACGCUUAAAUACCAUCACUGGCGGGCAUCCAACUCAAAACUGCUCGCGCGGCUGCCAAGAGUGUACCCCACUCGACCACAGACAGAGGUCGGCGGGCGGCCACACGAGGAAUAGACAUUAGCGCGCGCACGCACACACUCGCCAGUCGUUUUCGUAUUCUUGCAAGGGUUCCGAUUCAGAUGUGCUACUCAGAAUGCGAAGGAAUACGUGUUACGCAACGAAAUCAAAGAGACCAAGACCGGUUUCGUUCUGCCUUUCCGGGCGUUCCGCUUCAAACAAGGCGAAGCGGUCAAGAUCGAGUGCGAAGUGAAAUACUGCGAAAAGUGCAAAAAGGCGAGUUUUCUGUUAUACUUUUUCGUCUAUUUCGUGACAUUUUCAGCCGAACUGCUCAGCCAGAAAUCGAAGAUUCGCAUCGGAAGAUGAGGAAGAAACACUGACGGACAACGAUGAAACCGAACAAAUCCGAGCAGAGCUGCUGGUCCAAACGGUGACCUCCGAGAAGGCGAAUGGAUAUUGCAUGCGAGCGGUCCGAUGGAUCGCAUUGA